CAACAACACACUAAUCAUCAAGAUCAUCAACAACAGCCUCUCAGUCCACUCCAAGAUAUCUUUCACUUUUCCACCCGGGACUGUUAAACAUUCAAAUCCGCAAUGUUCAAGUUUCUCCAGCCCAAGGUGCUUGACACCAUCACUCUUUUCCACAAGGCGAGCAACCCUGCAUCCAUCAGGAUUGCCACUCUCCUCAAGCAAGCCGCAGGCUCAGGUGCUGCUGUUUCCGACAAUGCGCCUGCCAAGAAGUCUGACUUUGAGCUCAACAUCACCGAGGAGGCACCCACCACUGAACAGCUCAGAACCAUGUUGGACUAUGUGGGCAAGACGGGCAUUUCAUCCAUCAUCAGUAAUGCCCAAAAUGAGACAGAAGCCCUGAAGAAGUUCAAGGAGAACGGUGAUAACCUCAAUAGACCCAUUGUGGUUGACUGGAACAACGGCAAGGUUUUCACUGGCGACAACGAGUCUGCCAUUCUCAAGUUGUUGGAGGGUCUCCCCAAGAAAAACUAAUGCUGAUGCGCAUUAUCCCCAUUUUUUUUUCCCUUUUUCCAAUUCUGUUCUUAUCAAGAAGAUACUCCUCUCCUCCCCGUCUGUUAUGUAAUCGGCAUUGUUGUCCGUGCUCCUCUCACCGAAGCACCUUUACUUUAUAGAUACCAAGUGGUUGAAUGAAGCAAGAAGAAGUCUUU